CCAUUAUCUUGUGCAUUCGCUCGAUCCUUUGGAGAGAAUGACGCAGAUCUCCAUCCUCUACCUGAAGCAGCGUGACCAGAGGGGUAAAUGUCUUCGUCUGGAGCUCAGAGACUUCCUGCAUCGUCCCCGUUUGCACGAUGGCGAUAAAAAGAGAUUCGAGAAGCUGGGAUAUCAAGGGCCAGCUAUCCUGAUCAUUGAGGACCACAACGAAUCUCAUAGCAUUAGCCGCUCCAUCAAAAGCUUACUCCAUCGUGGUGACGAGGCUGUCUUCCUCGAUCGCAUGGUCAAUCUCCUUGUGGCAACGGAUAAUUGUCAAAUUCCAGAGCGCACGACAAAUUAUUCAGAAGAUAUGUGGUCCAUCAUCAAGUAUCGUGGCCGUCAUGACUCUCUCGAUCACAACGAAUAUUUGCUCAGCCAGGACCGGAUUUCCAAUUUCAGUAAACUUCGAAGGCGACACGAUCACCUUUUUCAAUCAAACACUAGGGUUGCGACCUGGAUCUGUGCCGAUACAUCCAUCCUUCGACCUGACCCGAGGGUAAAUCUGAGUGGCCUCAUAGUUUUGAUGUUUGGAAAGGGCCCUAGAAAGGGGGACUCGGAGGCUUUUGCGUCCAUUCUGCAAAAGAUACUCAGCCCUGAUGGCAUCGCCGAUGCUAUCCAGAACAACCCACUCCUCAUACACCUAUACUUGUAUUUCUGCUUCAAUGACUUCAAUCGUGUCCUGAAGCUCUAUGAACAUUUAUACAACGUCGCUCUUUCGACAAAUGGCCGGACAACUUGGGGGAUCUCUGAUAAAUCAUUUCUUUUGAAUAACGCGCUCAUACAGAUUUCUUUCAGUCUGCCCGAUAUCCUACAGCACAAAGCUGUCCUGAAGAGGCUCUCUGAGUACAACGACCAACGUCCGAUAAGAAGUCGAAGUCUCAACGCAGGUACUGGUCUUGUGGAUGCUAAGAGGCAGGCCGCGUAUACCCUCUUGUCAAUGAGAGAUGAAGUGGAAGACUUCGAAAAACAGGUUGACAUGUUCCUCGAAAGGUUCACGGCCUCGCUUGAUUUAGAAUUCAGUGUGGCCAACGAAAGGAUGAGCUGGGUCAUGUUGUGGUUUACUUUCGUUGCCAUCCUAUUCACCCCGAUGGCAUUUGUAGCUUCGAUCUUUGGUAUGACCUCCCUUGAAGCGGACCCGAAGUGGUUUGCGGCCGCAGUGAUCCCGGUCUUCCUGGUUUCGUGCCUGCUUUGCUGGUACAUUUUCGAUAAGAGCCAAAGGCUCGAUGAUGAACUUCUCCCAACUGAAAUUAAAAACCUGCUGCAUGCCAUGCCGUACUCGCAGAUUGACACAAUCAAGCGAACAAAGAAAUACAGUGGCCAUGGGAGACCAAGCCGCCGACAAGCUCGCCGCCGCACUCGUCGUCACCGCCCGACAACAGAAUCCGGGAUAUCAGGGGGUUCUGAAGGUAGUUCUGACGACUCGAGCUCGCCACCGCCCAUGUACGAGACUGUGCCACCACCGCCCCCGGUCGUCUUAGGAGUAGGCGAACACCCAGGUCCACGGCCCUCAGUAACAGCUUCUGGGAGGCAUUGGAGAGCACAAAGGCCAAGCUUCGAACCCAGGCGCAGAAGAAGAAGAACCGAGAGCAGCACUACGUACAAUGCCUUGAGGAUGCCGGACUUUCGACCACCUCCGCCUCAUAGACCGUCUUCCCCCGCUGGAUACCACAAUUCAUACGAUGAGCCAGGGGGUCCGUCUUAUGAGUACGUGGGCCCUCGGCCCCAGGAGCGCCGCAGCUCUUACCACCAACCAGGUGUGUCAGAAGACAGAGACGAGGAGGUAAGCCACUCAAGGAGAUCAAGGAGUGGACCAAGAAUAGUGAGGAGUAGAUCAAGGACAUCAGGGAGAUCAAGAAGUAGAGCGAGAAGAUCAGGGAGUGGAUCGAGUACAUCUGAGGAGGUAUAUGUUUUGUAACCCCCGUCGGUGUCGGGUAUCAAUGGGUGACUGGAUGAGAAAUAUGCAAGCUUUCAUCACCCGAGAGUAUGGAGACCGAGAUUGUGCACUGCUGCAUAUUGGAUUCAGC